AUGCGGAGAUUAAAAACGAGACGGAAAGCCGAACUGUCGGCAUCGAGAAGGGUCGAGCGAAGAGUGUUCCUCUUGGCAACAAGGGUGCUUAGACGGUCUGGCCACGCCGACGGGAUAUCAAAUGUCUGCAGCACUCACGGUCUAAACGGUGAAAUUAGCUCCCCAAAACCACCCAACCCGAAUAAAGGGAACAAAGGGUCAUUUUCAACUGAUAACAGGCCAUCACCACCGCCGCUAAUUCCCUAUUCUAGCAAAUCCAUGACAACCUCGGAGAAAGCUAGUAGUGCUUCAACGGCGAGUGUUAUCCCAAAGAACUCUAUUCAACAAGUUAAGGAUUUAAUCGAGACCCAUGAGUUCAUGAGAGCUCUGAAGAUCAUCCAAGCUCUACAAUCCGAAUAUCCACAUUCUGCCCAGUUGUUGGUACUCGAGGCACUUGUGUAUGAAACAACUAGCCACAGUCGAACACUGGCAGUUUGCUUGGAAGCCAAAAAACCAUUUUUGAACGUCUUGGACGGAGUGUUUUAUCAUUUAUUCAACAAACAAGUGGACGCUUAUGACUUUUCUGAACCAGAAGCCCUGUUAGUGUACAUUUCUGUAACGGAACAGCAGGCCAAGUGUGACAUUGCUCAUGAAAUCCUGUUCAACUUGGGUUCAACACUUGUGGUAGCUGAAGUUUGUAGGCGACGUUUAAAGGGUGGUAGGCUUCUAUCUCAUUUAUGCGACUAUGGUGCUGCUGCGGAGGUCUUGGGACAAAAGUUUGAGUCUUGUAAGGUUCUAAAUGGUGGCAGCCCUGGUGAUUGGGAAUCAAUCAUCAACAAUUUGGGACAACUACUUGAGGAUGAUAGCAAAUGGUGUGCUGCAACAAAUGACAAUCAAAUCCACCUGCCGAUGUUUUUUGUGUGCGAGUUAUCUCAAUUCACUUCAGAAAUGUCGAGGAUUGGAAGAAGCUCCCCUGUUUACAAUAAGGAAUAUAAUAGUUUGCCGUAUCAGAGAAAAAAAUACAAGUUGGAGGAAGCUGUACCUGAAUACUUCAACAGGCUUGGUUCUAAUGGUGGAAUGUCGCUUCGAGUUUUAACCAAUGCUGAAGAGGGGUGGGUGUGUACACAUAUAUCUCACUAUCAGACACGUGUAUAUAAAAAGAUACGUGGAAAGCAUGUAGGCCAAAACAUCAAAACAUGAUGCGCUACGAAACACCAAAUAAACCCCGAGGAGU